AUGGGCAAACUUGUGGUUUCUUUGACUGUUCACGUGGAGUUCGGCAAGGGGCCCCUAUCCCUGUUAUUAUUUUGCCUUGCGGAAGAAGUCUUGAGUCGAGGCUUAUCUCGCUUGGUUUCUAGAGGAAAAAUUACUCCCAUUGCUACUCCGAAAAAAGUGUCACCUCCAUCUCAUGUUCUAUUUGCUGAUGACAUAAUGGUGUUCAUGCAAAGCAACUCUCGUGGUAUUAAGGCUUUAAUGAGAUUUCUUGAUGAAUAUGGGGCUAAUUCUGGGCAAAUUGUGAACAAAGCUAAGUCCUCUCUUUUUAUUGGUAAAUAUGUUGUUCGACGGAAAGUUAUUAUCCAACGACUUUUGGGUAUUCGUGAAGGAUCUCUUCCAUUCACUUACCUGGGAGUUCCAAUUUUCAAAGGAUGUCCGAAGCCAGAAUAUUUUUGUGCAAUAGCUGAUAAGGUUCGCUGCAAACUCUCUUCUUGGAAGGUAUUAUCAAAGAUCUUCGGUUUGGAUUGGCCUGAAGAAGCUUUGGCCAAUGUUUUAUUCCAAGAUUCAUUGGCUGGUAGGAGAUGGAAAACAGUUACUCAUAAUCUGGGUCUGGAGCUGCAACCUUUCAUUAAGGAGCCAGUGUGCAAUUUCAUCACAAAUGGAAAUUGGUCGUUGCCUUCUCUAUUCGUUUCUUCCUUCCCAGCCUUGGCCAACCAAAUUUUGGAGGUUUCGCUGCCUAUUAAUAGGAUGGUUGAUAAAGCAAUUUGGCCUGUUUCAACGUCAGGUCAGUUCACAUCAAAGGAUGCUUAUAUUUCUAUUUCUACCUCCAACCCAAUUAUACCUUGGUGCAAAUUCAUUUGGCAUAAAGCAGUUCAACCGCAAAAGCAUGGCUACUUGGAAAGUUCUCCAUGUGUGAUACACAGUUUUUGGAGUUGGAUUUUUCAGCUUUUUCGCUUGAGUUUUUCGAAUCAGACAGAGGAUCUUGGAUUAUUAUCUCCAAUGGUGCUUGACUCUUUGCCCGCUCCGUCUAGAAAACUCUGGUGCUUUGCAGUUUGUAAUGCCAUCUGGUGCAUCUGGACUGAGAGAAAUAAAUUGAGGUUUGAUGAUAAGGUUUUUUCCUUAGCUAAUUUCAAACACUUUUUUCUUCUUUCAUUCAAGGACUCUGCUUCUCUUUAUUUUGCAUUGUGCUCUUCGUCUCUGGGUUCUCUGCCAGCCUUCCAGUUACUGGGUUUAUCACCUCUGCGGCUCAAAGCUCCAAAAUUUAUACCAGUAAGAUGGGCCCCUCCUCCUGUGGGUUGGCUGAAGGUAAACACUGAUGGGUCAUUUCGUAGCCCAGAGGUAGCAGGUUUUGGAGGAUUAUUUAGAGAUUCGGAUGGUCUAUUUAAGGGUGCCUUUGCCCAUAGAGUCAUUGUUAAUAGUGCAAUUGAUGCUGAGAUUCUGGCAGUCAUUGAGGCUCUUCGUGUUGCCUGGGCAAGAAGCUGGACACAUAUUUGGCUUGAAACAGACUCAACUCUAGUGGUUCACUAUUUCAAUUCGCCCAAUCUAAUACCUUGGAGGUUCAGAGUGGAAUGGUUGAACUGUCUGCACUUUACUCAAUCCAUACAUUUUCGUGUUACUCAUAUUUAUAGAGAAGGUAACUCUUCAGCUGAUGCUCUUGCUAAUUAUGGUGCUCAAAAUGAUGGCUCUAUUUGGUGGACUUCACCUCCUAGAUUCAUUGCUGGAUUCUAUGGUCGGGAUCUAUCUUAUGUUACUCAUUAUCGUUAUGUGUAA